GCAACUAGCAGGUUUGAUCAGAAUCAUGCUGCCAUGAACAUUCCCAAGUGAAGAGAAUGGGGGCUGUCCUUGCCUGUGCAUGCUGGUGGCCCAGCAGACUCUCUGAACAGGGGCAGGACCUGGCUGUGCUUUCCCCUGUUACACGUCCCUCUGCUGUGCAAGCAGAGGAACUGGGAAAGGGCACUGGUCCCUGAAGCUGCUUCUCAUCUGAGUAAUGAGUGGGAAAGCUAGUCCGAUGUGAGAGGAACUUUUAGGUCUAAAUGCUUCAGUAAGAAAGAGCUUGUAGGCCUGGCUCUCCAUUUUCCAGUAUCAGCAGCCCCAACUUGUGUCUGUUGGCUUUCCCAGAGGAAGGGAAAUUAAAAUAGCUACAUAACAUCCCCAAGACCUAAGAAAAAGAUCAAAGGGUCAGAGAUGGAGCCUUGGGUUCCCCAGAGGCCAUCUCAGCCACAAGGGAGGCCAUCGAUGGACACAAACCGUGGGCUUCGGAGUGGACAUUAUAGACAACACCCUCACCCUCAGUACAGUGGAGAUAAGUACCACCAAUGGCAAGAAGCCCACAGGAACUCAAAGCCACAGCAGGACCCCAGGAUGCAGGAUCCAAGGGCGCAGGACCUCAGGGCUGACCACCAGGAGGCCCACUAUGUACCCAGGCCUGGGGAAUGGUCUCAACCUGUGUCUGGAGUGGACUACUUGGGAGGACCUUAUCCUAAUCAGUUGUACUCAAGGCCAGGCUAUGAGGACCCCUAUCAGAGGUACCACACUCCAACACCGAGGGAAGAGUAUGUUUAUGGAAAUUAUUACUACCAUAGACAUCCACAGCUGCUUCAAGAAGAAAGAGAGGGUGCAGUGGCAAGGCAAGGGAGUCCUUAUAUCUGGAAUGAAGAUUCUGGCGAUCAAAAGUAUUUCAACGAGCGUCAUCAUGAAAAGCGCAACAGUCCCUUUGGAACAAAUAGUGAGACUCAAGUCCAGUUUACCAGCAAGAAUCCAUAUGAAGACAGCCUCGCUUCUGUCUCUGGACAGCAACAGCCUGGGGAGUUCUUUCCAGAGAGUGAGGCCCAGAAACAAAAGUCAUCACUGACCAGCAGGUCCAACCUUCUCCAGCAUCAGGAGUCUGGCCUCAGCUCUAGCAGCUAUGAGCUCAGUCAGUACAUGGCAGAUGUCCCAGAGUUUGAGCCCAUGGGAUCAGCGACUUGGAGACCUAUUCAGGCUGAUGAUGCCUCAGUUGCUGUUCCCAAGGCACCCAUGAAGUUUUAUGUUCCCCACGUGUCCGUGAGCUUUGGGCCAGGAGGCCAGCUAGUUUGGGUGUCCCCCAACUCUCCUGCUGAUGGACAAACAGCCCUGGUGGAAGUACACAGCAUGGAGGUUAUCCUUAAUGAUUCUGAGGACCAAGAGGAGAUGAGAGGUUUCCCAGGACCCCUCAUCAGGGAGGACAUACACAAGGUGGAUAUCAUGACGUUUUGCCAGAAGAAAGCAGCUCAGUGUCUCAAAUCUGAGACACCAGGGAGCAGGGACUCAGCUCUACUUUGGCACCUGCUGGUUCUCCUUUGUCGACAGAAUGGGUCCAUGGUGGGAUCUGACAUUGCUGAGCUGCUGAUGCAGGACUGCAAGAAGCUGGAGAAGUACAAGAGGCAGCCCCCAGUGGCCAACCUCAUCAAUCUGACAGACGAGGACUGGCCGGUGCUGAGCUCUGGGACUCGCAACCUGCUCACAGGGGAGAUUCCCCCCAGUGUGGAGACGCCAGCACAGAUCGUGGAGAAGUUCACCAGGCUGCUCUACUAUGGAAGGAAGAAGGAGGCCUUGGAAUGGGCUAUGAAGAACCACUUGUGGGGCCAUGCUCUGUUCCUAGCCAGUAAGAUGGACCCAAGGACCUACAACUGGGUCAUGAGUGGCUUCACCAGCACACUGGCUCUCAACGACCCCCUGCAGACCCUCUUCCAGCUCAUGUCGGGAAGGAUUCCACAAGCAGCCACGAAAAGCAGAGCCAAGAGAAAUGCUGCCUUCUGUCCCCCACCAUUAAACCAAUGGGCUAUUUUGGAAUAUAGGUGCUGUGGAGACAAACAGUGGGGAGACUGGCGGCCCCACUUGGCUGUGAUCCUGUCAAAUCAGGCUGGGGACACGGAGUUGUACCAGCGAGCCAUUGUCAGCAUGGGGGAUACCCUGGCUGGGAAAGGGCUUGUGGAGGCAUCUCACUUCUGCUAUCUCACGGCUCACGUGCCCUUUGGCCACUACACGGUGAAGACAGACCAUCUGGCCUUGCUGGGCAGUAGCCAUAGUCAAGAGUUUUUGAAGUUUGCAACAACCGAGGCUAUCCAGAGGACAGAAAUCUUCGAGUACUGCCAGAUGCUGGGCCGCCCCAAGUCCUUCAUCCCUUCUUUCCAGGUGUAUAAGCUCCUUUAUGCUUCCCGUCUGGCAGAUUAUGGCCUGGCAUCCCAGGCCCUGCAUUACUGUGAAGCCAUUGGUGAGGCUGUCCUGAGCCAGGGAGGGAGCAGUCACCCUGUGCUAUUAGCACAGCUCAUCAAGCUUGCAGAGAAACUGAAGCUGUCAGACCCUCUGGUUUUAGAAAGACGCGCUGGGGACAGGGAGCUGGACCCAGACUGGCUAGUACAACUGCGGAGGCGGCAGAAGGAACGGGAGCAAAGUAAAGCAGGAGACCUUGGAGACCUCAAUUCUACUCAUUCACAUAUUUAUGGAGCCAGAGGAACAACAGACACUUCCUACCAGGAUCUUCCAGGAUAUCAAAGCUACGCAGGAGACCCUGGGUACAGCUCAGCCCCGUGGCCGACGCCUGAGCAGACUGGCCUGACCCAGCCCAUCCCUCAGCAGCCUUUGCCCCCACAGCGAGAUCCCUACUCAGAGAGAGAAGAUUUGGGGCACAUGGGGACCCCGGUGCCUCUUUAUUCGGUUCCUGCAACCCACAUGUCAGUGACCAGUGGCGAUGGCAGCAACCACAGUGUGGCGGUGACAGGGGCUCCUGGAGCAAGGGCUGGGGAGGAAAUGCCGCGGACACAUCCUUCCCUUGGGGAGAACACAGCCCCUCAAGAGCCCCUACAAGAUCCCGAUGGUCUAGAAGUUGUUUCCAGUCCUCAGGCACCACCAGCUCCCAGGGCUCGAAGGUUUUCUGAGGAUUCCACAGUUUCAGCCAAGGAAGAUGAGGGGGGAUCUUCGGAUGGGGCAGACGAACCAUCUCACCAAGAUACUUCACAGAGAGGAAAGCCAGGGGAUGGAAAAGCGGCUACAAAGAGCUCUGGAUUUGGCUGGUUCAGUUGGUUUCGAUCAAAGCCUGCCAACAGUGCAUCCCCCUCUGGAGAUGAGGACUCCUCGGGCAGCUCUGACUCAGAGCAGGAGUCUCCCAGCACAUCACCUCCUCACCAUACCGGCCUGGGUCUCUCACCAACACCUCCACUUGAGUCCCCAUCGCUCUCAGAUGCCAGCACCUUCUCCAGAGGCAUAGGUGGGAGCAAUCCACUUGGAUCUUUGGACAGCAGUGGGAGAGCUGAGGUCACUGGGAUUGGAGGUUUCUCAGGGACACAGGGUGCUUCUUCUGAGUUCUACUCCCAGCCAGGUGCUCUGCCUCCUCCACCCACCUUGCAGGGCGCCGUUCCUCUCUACAAUCCGUCUCAGGUCCCUCAGCUUUCUACAGCUACUAACCUGAACCGGCCAAAUCGCCUAGCCCAGCGCCGCUAUCCAACCCAACCAUGCUGAGAGUGAGCAUUUGUUCCAGGCUUGUGAGAAUGACCGACCACUCAUCCAUCCCGGCCUCACCUCAUCGCCUGGAGCACCUUUGCUUCCAUGGCUCUCCACCUCUCAGUGCCCAGCUCACCUCAUUCAGGGACUCACUGUGAACCACGGAACAAGGGCUACCUGGAGUUAAAGGACAGGAUCUCCCUAGACUCAACUUGGUCCAGCCUUCAGUUUAGCUUUAGAGUGAUAGGAAUUAUCUCAUCGGAUGGAGGAGCAGGGGAUAAUGUCCUCAGUUGAUUGUCACGGCAGCAGCACUUGGGGUGGGAGCUUGAGACCCUCAGGAAAAUGAGGGUCCUGAGGAUCCUAUGACAAGAACCAAAAUGACACUACCGGGCUAUGCAGCAGGGACUCGGAGCAACAUCCCAGAAUAGCUUGGACUCCUUCCUUCGAAUGCUUAAAGAUCAGUUUAUGGCUCUUGUUAGCAAAGUUUUUACAUUGAAUUUGAUUAUUGCUGCCCUUCAGUGAUUCCUUUUUCAAUGACAUUUCAGCAAUUUUCCUCCUGGUCCCAGUUUUGAGCACAUUUUCUAUGUGGUUCAGACUAAUUAUAUUUCUCUCACUUUCUUAGCUGGUCCUAUUUUUUCACAUUCUGACAUCUGGCUAUCAAGUUAGAUUGCUGUAGGCAUCAUAUUGUCAUGGUAACUACUGAACCUAAUGAUGCAGAUGGAUGGAACAUCAGUAUAAUAAAUAAUGGAAAACGUUUCCUAAAAACGUCAUCCUUUCCAGAAGAGGGGAGGAAUGAGUGUCUCAUAUUGUUAAUACCUGCCUUCCUACCUCAGGCCUUUGCAAAUGGAUGUUCUGAGGGUCACUGGAUGUUCUGAGGGCCCGAUGGAGGAGGGAGAGAUCUUGGAAAUUUCCAUUUUUUUCCUUUCAAACCUCAAAUAGGAAUGAUUCUUGCUGUUUGUCAGAUUUGCUUCAAAUUGCUCCUCACAAAGAACAUUUUUUGUAUGCGUAAUUGUACAUAAAAGUUUUGUACUUUAAUGUACUAUGGUUCUGAUGUUGAUAGCGAUUAAAUCCAGAUAAUUUUAUAGCAAA